AUGACACUCACUGGCCUUUCUCCAGGCAGAGGGGGCCCAGGUUUCCAGAGAUCCUUCAUUGUUGAAGAGCAGCUUGAUGGGGAUGCUUGCCAUGAAGCAAUCUCGUUGCUCAAGCAUACAACAGACACCUCCUUAAUUCUCCAAAAGAUGAGAGAGACCUUUCAGCAUCGUCAGAAGCUAAUAAAUGACCCUGACAAAAGUACUGACAUCCUGACGAUCUUCCCAAGGUUCCUCGACACAAAGGGAUUGGUGAAUCAAGACUUCACGCUCAUGUUCAAUGAUGAGAUAUCCACAAGGCUCCUGCAAAAAUGGGAUCCAGUCUUCAGAUCUAAUGUCAUCAAAGAGGCCAAGCUGCUCACGUCAACAGCAGAGCUGCGCCAAUUGGUGGAGUCAGCUGAGUGUCCAUCAGAAAGGGGACCGAAGAAUCCAAAAAUCAGCGCCUCUGAUGCAGUUGAAAAACUUGUUGUCUUUCACAAGUCUUGCCGCAGUUUGGAAGAGCAUCUUCGGAGUCAGCAGAACCAGCAGCCAUACCUGCUAGCUGUUGGCCGUCAGAAGAGCAGCAUUGAGAGCUUCUACAUCUGCAUGGACAAGCGUCUCAUCCCUUGCCGGGCAAACCGCUCCCUUGGGGCAUUUGAUGAGCUUUUUAAAGCUCAUUUUGUGUUCAAUGUGUCUUAUGAUGGUGUGCUUGUGAAUUUCUACACCUUUCUCCAGACAACAGUUUAUAACAUUGACAUGGGAAAAAUGAAGGAAUCACCAAGAGCCCGAGAUAUGAGAGCCAAACUCCUUAACCAGGAAAUACUUCUCACAACCCUGAGUUAA